AUGGACCCGAAAACCCUCGCCGUCAAGUUCCUUGAUACCUCAGGCGACUACCUGAAGGAUAACGGCCGCCAAUGCGCGACGGUAUCUCCUGUUCUCGGGCUAGUUGGGUUUACCCCCAUCGGCCCUGCUGCUGGCACGUUUGCCACGACAUGGCAGUCUAGUCUUGGGUCGGUGGAGGCCGGGACUCUAUUUGCAACGUGCCAGAGCAUUGCGAUGGGUGGUGUUGCAGCAAAUGUUGUUCCCGCCAUUGGCGCUAUGGGGGCCGGUGUGGUAGCGUUGCCCGCGGCGUCGCAAAUGGUUGCGGGUAUCCGGGGGUGGUUCGGGAAUUGA